AUGCAGAAAUUCAAACGAGCUCAAGCAGAAAACAAACUAGCAAUUAGCAAGCAUUUAGAAGCAAACGCCCAUUUGGAAUCCUCCAGUGAGGAUGAGGAUGACAGGGGCGAGGAGAAUAUGCAAAAUGUUAUUGGAAAGAUAUUGUCUGCUUAUCAAGGCGAGGAGGCAGAUGCAGAAAAGAUCUUGUCAUAUUUAAUUAAUAUCUUCCAAUCUGGCAAUGCUGUUUGUUUAAUAUGUAUCUCAACUGUGAAAAGAGCAGAUCCGAUUUGGAAUUGCAACAAAUGUUUUGCUUUUCUACAUCUGUCUUGCAUUUCGCGUUGGAUACAGGAUAGCAUGAAUGUUAAACGUGAGAAGGGUAUCGAGCCAACAUGGGCAUGAUCCUCCAUAUAGCCCAUGGAACAUUCCGCAUUCCUGUGGAGAGACAUGCAACAAACUGUUACAGCCAGAGUGUGGCCAUAAAUGUGUUUUACUUUGCCACCCUGGGCCAUGUCCUCCUUGUGCAAAGACAGUAUCCAUUAAAUGCUACUGUGGCAAACAGGCGCCUCAACAACGACGAUGCAAUGCCAAAAACUGGAGUUGCGGCACUGUAUGCAACAAAAAGUACGAAUCAUGUUCGCACACUUGCAAGGAAGUGUGUCAUUCAGGGAAAUGCCCACCUUGUUCAGAGAUACUAUCGCUGGAAUGCCACUGCAAGAGUAACAAGGAAUUAAAGCGAUGCUCAGAAGGCUCGUGGACCUGUGACAAACCUUGUGGCAGACCCUUUUCUUGCAACGUUCACACCUGUGAAGGUCAGUGUCAUUUAGACGACGACUGCGGAACCUGCCCACUGGAGAAGAACAGAACAUGUCCAUGUGGAAAGAAACGUUACGCCGUUUCAUGCAACCAGGAACAAUUACCAACGUGCGGAGACACAUGUGGAAAGUUAUUGAAUUGCGGCUCGCAUUACUGCAACAUGAGAUGUCAUAUGGAUCGUUGUGGACAGUGUUUGGAAGUAGUCACAAAGUCUUGUAGAUGCGGCAGCUACAAAAAGGAGAUCGCUUGUGGCAAGAAGUUUAAUUGCAACAAGAAGUGCGUGCAGAUGCGUCUGUGCGGGAGGCAUUCGUGCAACAAAAAAUGUUGCGACUGUCUGAUCAAAAAUACGUACAACGCUUGCGAGAAGGUAUGCGAUAACACUUUGAAUUGUCGCAAGCACAAAUGUGCUGCCCCUUGUCACAGUGGCCCUUGUUAUCCGUGCGCACGAACCGACGUUGUUCAAUGUAGAUGUGGAUACAACAAGAUAACGGUGCCGUGCGGUACGAAAAGGAUCAAGCCACCACCUUGCAAUAGGCCGUGCAAAAUACCGCCGAUCUGCCAUCACUCGAAACGAGAAACUCAUAAAUGUCACCAAGGCUACUGUCCACCCUGCAAAAAGUUAUGCGGCUUGGUAUACAGACGAUGUGGUCAUUCUUGCGUCACUGUUUGUCACACAAAAGUUUGGAUGAAGGUAGGCAAAAGUGACGUGAAAGUGCAACCAGCAGGGCCGUGGGACGUUCAGAAGGAAACUAUGCAGCUGAAAACGUUGGCAUGUCCGCCGUGUAAAGUCUCUGUGCCAGUUACAUGCUUAGGAGGGCACGAGACACGUUCGUGGGCCUGUCAUGAAGCCAAACCUAUCUCAUGUGGAAGAUUGUGUGGGAAAACGUUACCGUGCAAAAAUCACACGUGUGAAUUGAUUUGUCAUAAAGUACCGUCUUCCGAGGAAACUAAGAAUGGCACUCCGUGCAUGGACUGUGAGAGUUCGUGUCUACUUCCACGGCCGCCAGGUUGCAUGCAUUUAUGCCCCAGGCUUUGCCAUCCCGCGCCCUGCAAUCCCUGCAAACAGAUAGUUAAAACUCCGUGCCAUUGCGGAAUAAGUAUCAUAUACCGUAGAUGUUUCGAAUUAACAUCAGCCACAAUUGAAAAACGCAAUGAAUUACUCAAGUGUGGGAAUCAGUGCCCUAAAAAUUAUCCAUGUGGACAUCGAUGCGCGAACGAGUGCCAUCCAGGUCCGUGCAGAAACGAGAAGGAAUGCAGCAAAAAGAUGAAGUUGUUUUGCGAGUGCAGACGGAUUAAGAAAGAGUUUGUCUGUUCCGUGGUGCAGAAGGAGGGGAUUUCGAUAAAGUGCGAUGACGUUUGCAUGAAACUGAAAAACGAAAGACGCCAGGCCGAAGCUGCCUUGCUGGAGCAGAAACGACGAGCGGAGGAGAUGCGCAAUCAACAAGAGAUAGAGAAGUUCGAGCGAAAGUUCAAACCUCGUCGUAAGGGGAAAGACAAGUCCGAUAAGAAACCGUCACAGAACGAGAUGCGCGGUAACUACGGGAGAUAUUGGAUUUUAGGCGUGUUUAUAUGUUUAAUAGCCAUUGUAAUAUUUUAUGCAACCGUUGGACAGUCUUUAUCUUCCUUUAGCCCGCCAAUUGAUUCAAAAAUGGGCACCUCCAGGGUGCCAUCUAGCUCUGAGAAGUCGCUAUACUUUUCAAAUAAUCAUUUAGAGAGAUGACAGACAUGCUCCGCCUACGAAAAGAACAAAGAAGAAAGAAGAGGAGGAAGAAGACGAAGAAGACUUGAAUGAUUCCAAUUACGAUGAAUUUUCUGGUUAUGGAGGAUCUCUGUUCAGCAAAGAUCCUUAUGACAAAGACGACGAGGAGGCCGAUGCUAUUUAUGAGGCGAUUGACAAACGAAUGGACGAAAAGCGCAAAGAAUACAGGGAAAAGAGGCUGAGAGAAGAGUUGGAAAGGUAUCGUCAAGAACGUCCUAAAAUACAGCAACAGUUCUCAGACUUGAAGAGGGAAUUGGUAAACGUAACCGAGGAAGAAUGGAAAAAUGUUCCAGAGGUUGGCGACGCUAGAAACCGGAAGCAACGAAAUCCUCGGGCAGAGAAGUUCACGCCACUGCCGGACUCGGUUCUCGCGCGGAACUUAGGUGGCGAAACAUCAACCAGCAUAGAUCCGUCGAGUGGUUUGGCCUCGAUGAUGCCAGGCGUAGCAACACCUGGGAUGUUAACGCCGACAGGAGACUUAGAUUUAAGAAAAAUUGGACAGGCUAGAAACACUUUAAUGAACGUGAAAUUGAAUCAGGUUUCCGACUCUGUUGAGGGACAAACUGUUGUAGAUCCCAAGGGUUAUCUUACCGACUUGCAGAGUAUGAUACCGACGUAUGGCGGUGAUAUCAACGACAUUAAGAAAGCCAGAUUGUUGUUGAAAUCCGUGAGGGAGACGAAUCCUAAUCAUCCACCAGCGUGGAUCGCCUCUGCUCGUUUAGAAGAAGUCACUGGGAAAGUGCAGGCAGCGCGAAAUUUAAUAAUGAAAGGCUGCGAAGUGAAUCCUACGUCGGAAGAUCUGUGGUUGGAAGCGGCUAGGCUGCAACCGCCAGAUACAGCUAAAGCGGUGAUCGCUCAAUCGGUGCGGCAUAUACCGACAUCCGUUAGAAUAUGGAUAAAAGCAGCGGAUUUGGAAAUCGAGACAAAAGCGAAGAGAAGAGUGUAUCGCAAAGCAUUGGAGCAUAUCCCAAAUUCAGUGAGACUGUGGAAAGCUGCAGUGGAGUUGGAAGAACCGGAAGACGCGCGAAUUUUGCUUAGCCGGGCAGUCGAGUGUUGUCCAACAAGCGUUGACUUGUGGCUUGCUCUCGCUCGAUUAGAAACCUACGACAAUGCCAGGAAAGUUCUUAACAAAGCAAGAGAAAAUAUUCCAACGGAUAGGCAAAUUUGGACAACAGCCGCGAAGCUGGAAGAGGCGAACGGAAACAAACAUAUGGUGGAGAAAAUCAUCGAUCGCGCGAUAUCUUCUUUGAGCGCGAACGGGGUGGAAAUCAAUAGAGAACACUGGUUUAAAGAAGCUAUGGAGGCUGAAAAGGCUGGCGCAGUACACACCUGUCAGGUUAUUGUUAAAGCGAUCAUUGGUUUUGGAGUGGAGGAAGAGGACAGGAAACAUACAUGGAUGGAAGACGCCGAGACCUGCGCUCAACAAGGGGCACUGGAAUGUGCUAGAGCAGUCUAUGCUUAUGCGUUAUCAACAUUCCCCAGUAAGAAGUCCAUUUGGCUGCGCGCAGCUUACUUUGAGAAAACUUAUGGCACACGAGAGUCUUUAGAGUCUUUGCUUCAAAGAGCGGUUGCCCACUGUCCGAAGAGCGAAGUACUUUGGCUCAUGGGUGCAAAGUCGAAGUGGUUAGCUGGCGAUGUUCCAGCAGCGAGAGGUAUUUUAUCACUCGCGUUUCAAGCGAAUCCAAAUUCUGAAGAGAUUUGGCUAGCAGCUGUGAAACUAGAAUCAGAGAAUUCUGAGUACGAGAGAGCUAGACGAUUGCUCGCGAAAGCGAGAGCAUCUGCACCAACUCCUAGAGUGAUGAUGAAGAGCGCGAAAUUAGAAUGGGCUUUGAACAAUCUCGACGCGGCGUUACUGCUUCUGAAAGAAGCCCUAGAAGCAUUCGAUGAUUUUCCGAAACUGUGGCUAAUGAAGGGACAAAUCGAAGAACAACAAGGAAAUUUAGACAAAGCUUUGGAAACAUACAAUCAAGCUGCAAGUCUUCUUAUUUUCUUUUCUAUCAAAAAAUGUCCCAAUUCUAUACCAUUGUGGCGUUUACUGGCACAGUUGGAGCACAGAAAGGGUCAAGUUACCAAAGCCAGGUCGGUUUUGGAGAAAGCUCGCUUAAAGAAUUUAAAGAACCCAGAGCUUUGGUUGGAAGCUAUCAGAAAUGAAUUGAAAACUGGCGGUGUCAGAGACAUGGCAAACACACUCAUGGCGAAAGCGCUUCAGGAAUGUCCAACAUCUGGCUUACUUUGGGCAGAGGCGAUCUUCAUGGAACCUCGGCCACAAAGAAAGACAAAAAGUGUCGAUGCUUUAAAAAAGUGCGAGCACGAUCCACACGUGCUUCUUGCAGUAUCCAAAUUAUUCUGGUGUGAGCACAAAAUUUCAAAGUGUCGAGAUUGGUUCAAUCGUACGGUGAAAAUAGAUCCAGACUUGGGAGACGCGUGGGCAUAUUUCUACAAGUUUGAACUUUUAAACGGGACGGAGGAGCAACAAGAAGACGUGAAGAAAAGAUGCAUUGCCGCGGAACCUCACCAUGGUGAAAAUUGGUGUAAAGUAUCAAAGAAUAUAGCAAACUGGUGUCUAAGUACUGAUCAAAUCUUGGUAUUAGUUGCAAAAGAUUUACCGAUUCCAAUAUAA